AUGACUGACAGGAUUGGUCAUUCUUUUUGCCUCAGUUCGCAUGAAUCUUUUGAUGGUUACGAAAUAAUGCCCGGCAAAAAUCUGAAAGUGAACGUGAGCGUUGCCAACACACGACUGUUUAUCGGAAAUAUUCCAAAAUCGAAGUCAAAAGAGGAAAUUUUGGCAGAAUUUAAAGAACUCACAGAAGGCGUAACCGAUUGCAUUAUCUAUUCGAGUCCAGAUGCGGGCGAGAAUCGCAAAAAUCGUGGUUUCUGUUUCAUUGAUUUUUGCGAUCAUAAAGCGGCAUCAGAUGCG